GCAAAGUUCGCUGAUUCCUCUGCUGAACUGUUGGUUCUGAUCCAUUCCUUUCAUGUUCAGAAAUCAGAGUUUUUCUGGUUUCCAAACAGGAACUCUGUGCUCACAUUGUUGUGUCUUCCUCCCAGCCCAGCAGGAUGUUAGUCACACGGAGGGAGGAGGAGGAGCAGAGAGGAAGAGGAGGCAGAUAAACAUCAGCCAGGAGCGCGAGAGGAGGAGGAGGAACUGGGAGGGCGCAGCAACCAGCAGCGGCUCCGGCGACCAGAACCAGUAGAAAAGGUAAGAACCAUGAAGACCCGAUCACACGGAGAGGAGGAGGAAGAGGAGCGGGGAUGGGUGAGUCUCAGUCGAGGUCAGUGAUGCUGCACCAUCAGGACCAACAUCUGAACCUGGCCUACAGAGGCGGCACCAACAGCUCCCCCCACAGGAACAAAGACAGCAACUUCAACUUCCUGCCAGGUGCCAACGACGAAGCCCAGGCAGAAACCAGGAGAGGAGGCGAUGAGAACCGGAACCAGGUCCGUCCCCGAAACCUGCCGUUGGGUCGCGACCCUCAGAGUUCGAGCCUGAUGUCGCCUCGCUCCCGCCUGCCCUGCUGGAGCCCACUGGAGCCGCUCCCUGAAAUCGAGACGGGGGAUGACGGGUACGGGCGAGUGCCGCCGGACGGAGCGGAGGAGUGGAAGAUGGAGGAGGAGGAGGAGAGGAUGAUGAUGUUUGAUGAGAAGAAGGAGCGCCAGAGGAAGGAGGAGGACCCGGAUGACGAAUGGGGAGACAGCGAGUCGGAGUCGGAGUUCAGCGGUCGCUCCGGCGGCAGCGUCUCCUCCCUGAUUGCUGAGAGUGGAGGCGAGGCGGGGCGCCUGGGCGGCUGGGACCGGAUCGGCGUUGGAGAGCCCAAAUCAAGCAAGCCUGAAGCCGGGCUGACCAGAAUCGAAGAUGUGAGACAGAGAAGCUUCAGCAACAAGCUGCCGACCGGGAGCGACCUGGAGAACCUGCCAGAGGAGCGUAACCACAGCGACAACCAAUCCUCAGACUCGGACGGUGAGCUGCCGGAGCUGAUGGACGCCGUGUGGACGCUGCGGGACCGCGAGCGCUUCAAGGCGCAGGAGAUGGAGAAGCACCAGGUGCAGCUGACCAUGUACCGCCGGCUGGCGCUGAUCCGCUGGGUGCGCACGCUGCAGGGCCGCAUCCAGGAGCAGCAGAACCGCCUGCAGUCCAGCUUCGACGUCAUCCUGACCCACAGGAAGGAGCUGCUGCGGAUGGGAGCCGCCGCCACCGCUGUCGCCCAAUCAUAGGAGGCCUACAGUGUGAUGUCACAGCGCCUGUGUCUCAUUGUGUUUCUGAUUGUAACGAUUCAAACUCAUUUUUCUGUGUCUGUAAAUGUGUGACUCUCUGCUGAACCCUAGAGCUCUACAUCAAUGUGGCGACGCCAUGGCAACGCCACGUCAUGACGACAGGCUGACCACGCUGUGAUGACAAUCCCAUGACGUUACUAUGACGACACUAUCAUAACAUUGUGAUGAUACUAUGACGUUGCCAUGACAGCUCCAUGACAACAGGGUGGCCAGACCAUAAUGAUACCGUGAAGGCAGUGUGAUGAUGACAACCAGUAUUGAUACCAUGACAACAGAGUCUUGACUCUGAACCAACCGUUCAUCUGUUGAACAUUUUGUGUUUGUAUCUGACUUAUUAUCCCAGAUUAAAGAAGUUUAUCUGAA